AUGACGGAUCGUGCGCCGAAAUCAGGCUUAGCAUUGGAGGCACAACGCAAAAUACACGGAAAAUAUGACAGUGAACUGGCCGGUGAGCUUCUGCAAUGGGUUGCCCACAUUACUGGUAGCAGUUUCUCAACUUCUGGUGAUAUUAGCAAUUUUCUGGAAGUGCUCAAGGAUGGCACCGUAUUGUGCGGCCUGGCAAAUGCACUGCAACCGGGAUCAGUCAAAAAAGUGAACAAAAGUGCAAUGGCUUUCAAACAAAUGGAAAAUAUUUCGUUCUUCUUAUCAUUUGCCGAAAAACACAUCACGAAAUCGGAGCUCUUCCAGACAGUUGAUCUUUUCGAGGGCCAGGAUCCAAAUGCAGUUGUAAUUUGUCUUGCAUCACUAGCGAGGAAAGCAGAAGAACUGUUCGGGAAGCCGGGCUUGGGACCUAAGCGUGAGUGGUCAGAAGAGAAGCUUCGUGCCGGUGAGACUAUCAUUGGACUUCAAAUGGGUACCAAUAAAGGUGCAAAUGCAUCCGGUAUAAAUAUGGGUAACACACGACAUAUGUAA